AUGGAAGCUGAUCUAAUAGCUGCUCGUUUUGAACUCGACGAGCUUCACUCUAAGAUUACUUCCGCACUCCCGCCUUCGGACGCCGAAAACUCAAAAGCCAGUCGUCGCAUGGCUAUGCGAUUGCUGGUCGGAGACAUGGACUCGAACAACGGUACCUCCGCCCCUUUCUCAAUGACAGGAAUGGGGGAGAUGAAGCGGGGAAAGCCUCCCGUUAACAACGGCCGCGUUUCACCUAGAACCCCAGGGCAGGCGCCUCCUCAGAAGAAGCCGGUCGGUGCGCCAAAGAAAAAGGUGGUCAAGAAAGCGCUGCCUAAAGCCCCUGCUGGAGACCCGAUGGAGGAGUUUUUUGCUAUCAUGGAGCAGUUUGUCGACGAGCCGGAGGAGAUGGAAUGCGUGAGAAUGGCUGAAGUGUCUCGCUCGAACAGGCCCGGCCGCAUGCAGAAGCCUCAGCGUGCCAGCUCUGUCAAGGAGGCCCACGAGAUGCAGUCAUUGGUUGACGCGCUGAAGGCGGAAAUCAAGGCUAAGGACAAGCUUCUUGAAGCUUCGGAGAAGGAGCAACAGAUGCUGCAGGAAGAGUUGAAGCACGCGUGGCACAACAACGACGAGCUUCAGCGACAACUGAACGAUGCGGAGGCGCUCGUCUUGAAGUUACAGCACGAGAACGAAGUCCUGCGAUCAGCGAAGCGUGUGUUGACGACGUCGCCCACUGACCUGUCGCGGAGGCUAGCUGCGACGGAGUCGCGCAACGUGGAAUUAGCGGAGACAUUGGCAGCACGCGAGAAGGAACUCGAGAUGACCAAGAUCGCACUUCAGCAAGCGGCGCAAGAACGGGAUUCGCUCGCGGAGGAAAUGGAGGCGGCACUUUCAAGCUGGGCGGUUGACAACCCCGCAACACCUGCAAGCGGCAUUUCUUCUGGAACAUUCUCGCAUUCGACGUCCACGUCAUCAAACUCCAGCUCCCAAGACGAGGUACAGCAACUCGCGAUGGCUCUCGACGGCGUGCAGAGGGAGCUUCGCGUGGUGCGGGGCGAGAGAGACGCGCUGAUGGCUGCGGUGCGUCCCAGCGGGCAGGUGAAUGUGAACAACCCAGCUGGCCGCUCCCUGCGAAAAUCCUCGUCAGCUUUGUCCGUUCCCCUGAGCCAGCAACAACAGCAGCUUUCUGGGGCGGCACAGUUCAACAUCAACUCGUUUCGCCAGUCUGUCGAUUCCAACCCCCGCGUGCACUUCGCCGAGCCAAUCGCUUCACGUCUCCCCCUCGCCUCCUCCGCGCCCUGCUAA